UUUAAAAUUAAUGUCUGAAUUUGAGGAAUGCAUACUGCAACAUGUUCUACGGGAGGGGAAUGCUGCUGCCGACUUCCUAGCAUCCCUUGGGCAUUCUUCACCACCGGGUAGAAGUUUGUCGGAUUCUCCAACGACUGGCUUGUGGCCAAUCCCUACAGGGGACCAGCUGGGGGUUUCUUUCCUCCGUUUCUAGGUGAGAAGAGGAAGCGAUGCCGGAAACCCAAAGCCCCGCCUACCACCGAAACAAUGGACUUUCAAUGCACUGACGCAAUGCAUCGCCGCAACCGCCACACAAACCGACUCGGUUUCUGUUUCUGUUUCUACAACCAACCUGAACGAGAGUGUUUCACCCUCUGCCGCUGAAACUGCCGCCGCCAACAACAACCCGCCUCCUGCUUCCCACGGCAGAGGUGGACCCAGAAAAUCCAGUGCCCACGCAGAGGAUACGGAGCCGCACGUGGCUUCCCCAGAGCGGAGGCCUUUCCACAACGGUGGAGCAUCGUCGUCAAAUGGCGUUCUUUUGGAGCCGCAGCUGUCCCCCGCGAAUUGGGAGAACCUGGCGAGAGUGGUGCUGGUCAUGGAUGCUGUAGUGAAAGUGUUCUGCGUGCACACUGAACCCAACUUCUCGCUUCCAUGGCAAAGAAAGACGCAGUACAGCUCCGGUGGUAGCGGGUUUAUCAUUAGUGGCAGGAGAGGUCUUACGAAUGCUCAUUCCAUGGAGUAUUACACCCAAGUGAAGCUGAAGAAGCGUGCUUCCGAUACCAAGUACUUGGCAACUGUUCUGGCCAUUGGGAAUGAGUGUGAUAUUGGAAAUGGUGAUACUAGAUUGGGAUUUCGAUCAUUCUGGUACGGUGCAAUUCAUGUUAGUUUUUCACCAUCUAUGGCUACAGCUUUGUUGACAGCUAGUGAUGAUGAGUUUUGGGAAGGGGUAUCACCUGUGGAGUUUGGAGAUUUGCCUGCACUACAGGAUGCUGUAACUGUUGUUGGCUACCCAGUUGGUGGUGACACAAUAUCUGUGACUAGUGGUGUUGUGUUGCGCAUGGGGAUACUAUCUUAUGCCCACGGCUCAACUGAACUUUUGGGAUUACAGAUUGAUGCAGCUAUAAACUCUGGGAACUCUGGUGGACCUGCCUUCAAUGAUAAGGGUAAAAGUGUAGGUAUUGCAUUUCAAUCUUUGAUACUUGAAGAUGUGGAGAAUAUUGGUUAUGUCAUACCCACACCAGUUAUCAUUCACUUCAUUCAGGAUUAUGAAAAGAAUGGGAUAUAUACAGGGUUCCCAAUCCUUGGAGUUGAGUGGCAAAAGAUGGAAAAUCCUGAUUUUCACAUGGCAAUGGGAAUGAAAUCUGAUCAGAAGGGGGUCCAUAUUAGAAGAAUUGAGCCAACAGCUCAGAAUCUCAUGUUCUGAAGUCAUUUGACAUUAUCCUCAGCUUUGAUGGUCUAAAUAUUGCUAAUGAUGGAACAGGGAAUUUUACAUUUCUAGUUCAACUUGAUAGUUUGUAAGUUGUUACUGGAAGCAGUAUAUGGCUUUUUUCUUUUUAAUAUUAUGGUAUCCUUAUGAGAACUUUUUCUUUUAAAAACUAGUCUUGAUAUUUUCCUUAUUUUUCAAUUAAUUUUCAGUUCCAUUGUGGCUUGGGGAGUGCAUAGUUUUUAGUUAUCUUGUUUCUCAGAAGUAUACUGGGGAUACUGCUGUGGUUAAAGUUCUCCGCAAUUCAAAGAUACUUGAAUUCAACAUAAAACUCUCAACACACAAUAGGCUUAUCCCUGUACACACCAAUGGGAAACCACCUUCAUACCAUAUCAUUGCUGGUUUUGUUUUCACAGCUGUAACUGUCCCGUAUUUGCGUUCUGAGGUGUGCAGUAAACCUUCCUUUUCCCUCUCCCUCAGUAUGUGUCAGUGUGUGGAGGGGUCUGAGUGUAUGUGCUGUUGGGAGGGGGGAGCAGAAUGUACUGUGU